GAAGCAUGCUUUAUGAACAUCUUUGCUUUUCAGACACUAAUUGUUUUUGGGGCUAUAUUUUUGAAAAAUGGCCACCUCAUUGACCACCGAUGCCAAUGGAGUCAGAGUGUUAACCCCAAUCAUCCCUCUGGUGGGUUCAGAGGCUGUCCAGUGUCCUAGUGAGAAAAAAGAGUACAAGACUAAAGUCCCUGAAGUACCGUACAUGACCAGGAUGUUCCUGAAGGGAGAGCCUGUUGCAUUAGGGACUGUGCAGAUCUUGAUUGGGAUUGUAAUGAUAGCUGUGGGAGCAGUUACCUGGUUCACACAAACUCUGUAUGGUGAAAUCCCUUUGGGCCUUGGAGUAUCAUUUGUCUUCUCUGGAUCUAUAACCUUGUGUGCACACAAGGGAACCAGUUCUCGUAUGAUCAUAAGCACAGUUGCCCUGAACACCAUCAGUGCUCUGCUGGCCAUGUCUGGCAUCUGCUACUUCUGCUUUGCAUUUACCGUAAAACUUAAAUUGAGUCCUUGUCACAAAGAUCAGGAAAUCAACAACUACGACUUUUUUAACUGCACAUUUGUAAAUAAAACUCUGCAGGUCCUAAUAAAUGGAAUAAAUGGCAUACUAUUGGUUUUGUCUGUGCUGGAGGUGUGCGUGUGCAUGACGACUAUUGUCUUUUCCUGUAAGGCCAACAUACAAGCCUCUGGGACCAAACUGGCCAUGGUGAUGGUCCAGGACGAGGAAUUUAGGAGCCAGGAAGCUUUGCUAAACAGUGAAGUGGCUUCACCUUCAGCUUAUGAGCCCUGAGUAAACCCAUCCUAUGAAAGCACCUCAUGGUUUAGACCAGUGGUGUCCAGUGUUCCAAGUGACACUGUUGGUUUUGGUAUUGUAUCUCAUAUUUAAUGGAGUACUUGCACCUUAUUGGACACCAGUGUAUGAUUAACUGAUAUCACACUAAUUUUUCAUGUAUUUUGCUUUUGACAUUGCACCUUUGCACAAAUUGAUCUAACCUUUAAAACUGCCUGCUGUAAAUUUGCAUCUCUGUUCAAUAAAUUCUACAAUAAAUUCUAAAGUGCUUUACAUGUA